UCCCUCCCACGUGAGAGGGGAGGAAUGGGACUACAUCCCCCAGCGUGCACCGGCGCGGCGCAGGCGCAGUGCGGGCCAGCCGGCGCUGUCGUGCUGCUGAGUGAAGAUUAUAGAGCGGAGCUGAGGGUCGGCGCCAUGACGGAACGCAAGGGAACAACUAAAGUUGAUUAUCUGAAGAGAAUUGAAAAGGACAUUCAGAAAAAAUGGGAUGAAGAUAAAUUGUUUGAGAUUGAUGCUGCUGAGCCUGGCAGUGAAGAGAGUGGCUUGCCAAAAUACUUUGUCACAUUCCCAUAUCCGUACAUGAAUGGACGGCUACACCUGGGACACACCUUCUCUUUGUCCAAAUGUGAGUUUUCAGUCGGAUUUCAACGUUUAAAGGGGAAAAGGUGUCUGUUUCCGUUUGGACUGCACUGUACUGGCAUGCCCAUCAAGGCUUGUGCUGACAAACUGAAGAGAGAGUUGGAAUUAUACGGUUACCCACCACAGUUCCCAGAAGAGGAAGAGGAGGAAGAAAAGCCUUCAGAAAAUCAAGAAAUCAUCAUUAUAGACAAGGCAAAGGGAAAGAAGAGUAAAGCUGCUGCUAAAACUGGCCAUGCCAAGUUCCAGUGGAAUAUCAUGGAGUCCCUGGGCUUGUCCCAUGAAGAGAUUGUGCAGUUUGCAGAGGCAGAGUACUGGCUCGAUUACUUCCCAGUGUUGGCUGUCCAGGAUCUCAAGAGAAUGGGGUUAAAGGUGGAUUGGCGGCGUUCCUUCAUCACCACCGACGUCAACCCUUUUUAUGAUUCAUUUGUCAAGUGGCAAUUUGUCAUUUUAAAAGAAAGGAGCAAGAUCAAGUUUGGCAAAAGAUACACUAUUUAUUCUCCGAAGGAUGGUCAGCCCUGCAUGGAUCACGACCGACAGACUGGAGAGGGUGUGGGACCGCAGGAAUAUACGUUAAUCAAGAUGAAGAUCCUUCAGCCGUACCCACCAAAACUAAGUGGCCUUAAAGGUCGAAACAUCUUCCUGGUGGCAGCUACUCUGAGGCCGGAGACCAUGUUUGGACAAACGAAUUGUUGGCUUCGGCCCGACAUGAAGUAUAUUGCCUUUGAAGUAGUGAACGGAGACAUAUUCAUCAGUACUCAGAGGGCAGCAAAGAAUAUGUCUUUCCAGGGAUUCACCAGGGAGAACGGGACGGUGCCUUUGGUGGUGGAGCUCAUUGGAAAGGACAUCCUUGGUGUGUCACUGAGAGCCCCCUUGACAUCCUACAAUGUCAUCUAUGCUCUCCCGAUGCUCACCAUCAAAGAAGAUAAAGGGUCGGGCAUAGUCACCAGCGUGCCCUCUGAUGCCCCCGAUGACAUUGCUGCUCUCAGAGACCUGAAGAAUAAGAAGGCACUGAGGGAGAAGUAUGGAAUCACUGAUGAAAUGGUGCUGCCCUUCGAACCAAUUCCUAUCAUUGAAAUCCCGGGCUAUGGAAACCUCUCGGCACCAACAGUGUGCGAUGAAUUGAAGAUUCAGAGUCAGAAUGACAGGGAAAAGCUUGCAGAAGCCAAAGAGAGAGUUUACCUGAAAGGUUUUUAUGAAGGGGUCAUGCUUGUGGAUGGGUUCAAAGGUCAGAAGGUACAAGAAGUCAAGAAGCUCAUUCAACAGAAAAUGAUCAACAGUGGGGAAGCUGUGAUCUACAUGGAACCUGAGAAGCAGAUUAUAUCCAGGUCUGCUGAUGAGUGUGUUGUGGCUUUGUGUGAUCAGUGGUACCUGGAUUAUGGUGAAGACAAUUGGAAGAAGCAGGCCAUGGGGUGUCUUGCCACACUGGAGACAUUCUGUGAAGAGACCAGGAGGAAUUUUGAAGCAAGCCUCAACUGGCUGCAGGAUCAUGCCUGCUCAAGGACCUACGGCCUAGGGUCCCGAUUACCGUGGGAUGACCACUGGCUGAUUGAGUCUCUGUCGGACUCCACCAUUUACAUGGCCUACUACACCAUAGCCCACCUGUUGCAAGGCGGCACUCUGAACGGUCAACAAUCCGGACCACUCGGCAUCAGACCAGAGCAGAUGACCAGAGAGGUUUGGGAUUAUAUAUUUUUGCGAAAUGCCCCACGCCCAAAAACUCAAAUUCCUCAAAAGAGUCUGGAUCAGCUGAAAAGGGAAUUUGAGUAUUGGUACGCGGUGGACCUGCGGGUGUCUGGGAAAGACCUGGUCCCCAAUCACCUGUCGUAUUACCUGUACAACCACGUUGCCAUGUGGCCGGGCGACAGUACAAAAUGGCCAAAGGCCGUCAGGGCAAAUGGACACUUGCUACUAAAUUCAGAAAAGAUGUCUAAAUCUACGGGGAAUUUCCUUACACUGACAGAAGCUAUUGACAAAUUCUCCACAGAUGGGAUGCGGUUUGCCCUCGCUGAUGCUGGUGACACGGUGGAGGAUGCUAACUUUGUGGAGACUAUGGCUGAUGCCGGCAUCCUGCGGCUCUACACCUGGGUAGAGUGGGUGAAGGAGAUGAUCGCAAACCACCAGAGUCUCCGCGGUGGCCCAGCCAACACCUUCAAUGACCGCGUCUUCCUCAGUGAGAUGAAUGCUGGAAUUGUGAAGACGGAGCAGCAUUAUGAGAAGAUGAUGUUCAAGGAUGCUUUAAAGACGGGCUUCUUUGAAUUCCAGGCAGCGAAGGACAAGUACCGUGAGGUGGCUGUGGAAGGGAUGCACCGGGACCUGGUCUUCAGCUUCAUCCAAACCCAGACACUCCUGCUGGCUCCAAUAUGCCCCCACCUUUGUGAGCACAUAUGGACUCUUCUAGGAAAGACAGAGUCGCUGAUGAGGGCAAGAUGGCCGGUGGCUGGAGCUGUGGAUGAAAUCCUCAUUCGUUCUUCUCAGUACCUGAUGGAAACUGCGCAUGAUGUUCGUCUCCGUGCCAAGAAUUACAUGGUGGUUGGGAAAGGCAAAAAAGGAGUUGCAAAGCAAAGCCAGCGACCAUCCCACUGCAGUAUUUAUGUGGCAAAGAACUACCCUCCAUGGCAGCACAUCACCCUCCUCGUGCUACGCAAACAUUACGAGAAAAGCAGCGGUCUUCUGCCUGACAAUAAAACCAUCGCCAGUGAGCUGAAGGACCUGCCCGAGCUGAAGAAAUACAUGAAGAAAGUCAUGCCUUUCGUUGCAAUGAUCAAGGAAAACCUGGAAAAGAACGGGCCUCGGGUUCUGGACUUGGAGCUGGAAUUCGAUGAGCGGAGUGUCUUGAUGGAGAAUAUCGUCUACCUAACAAACUCUCUAGAGUUGGACCACAUUGAUGUAAACUUUGCAUCAGAGGCGGAUGAUAAGGUGCAGGAAGAGUGCUGUCCAGGAAAGCCUUUCUGUGCAUUUCGAACUGAGCCCGGUGUUUGUGUGUUCUUGGUGAAUCCACAGCCAGCCAAUGGCCACUUCUCCACAAGGAUGGAGAUCAGGCAGGGAGACAACAAGGACACUGUCAUCCGCAGACUGAUGAAGAUGGACAAGGGCAUUAAAGACGUGAGCAGAGUGAAGCUGCUGAGGUUCGUGGAGCCAGCGAUGGGUCCUCGACAGGUGCCCGUCCUGGGCAAGGAAUGUGUUGGCAAGCUGCCCGUCUCUGACAAAGCAUCCUUUCACAUUGACCUGGCUGCAAAGACCAUCCACCUGACUGACAACGGGGUGAAGCUUGGCGUGGGCGACACCUUGCUCUACCUGGUACAUUGAUGUUCACCUGAGUACAUCUCUGUGUCUUCACCUCCAUUGGCAGCUGAGAUACAUCCAUUGCUCUCGGCCUAACUGCGAUGACCUUUGUUUUUAUUGCUGCAGAAUGGACUGCAGUUGUCCAUUUGUAAAUGAACAAAAUAAAUUCAUUAAUAUA